CGUGAAACAUGGCGCUGCUGUUCUGCGAGCGGGAGUUUCAGGACGCGUGGAGGGAGCUGGACAAGCCGCAGGUGGGCGACGGAUGGGAGCUGUUCGCGCAGACCACGGGGGUGGACAUAUACCGACAUUACGUACAGGACUCUGGACUGUACGAGUAUAAAGUGUUCGGCUCGCUGUCCACCACGCCAGAGCUCUGCGCAGAUGUCUACAUGGACCUGGGCUACAGGAAACAGUGGGAUAGCUAUGUCAAAGAACUUUAUGAGAUGGACUGCGGUGGCCUGAAGGCGAUUUACUGGGAGGUGAAAUACCCCUUUCCCCUGUCCAACAGGGACUAUGUGUAUGUGCGAGAGCGCAGAGACCUGGAGGUGGAUGGCCGGAAGAUCUGGGUGGUGCUGGCUAAGAGCUCGGAGGUGUCCCAGUGCGCGGAGAAGCCGGGCGUGAUCAGGGUGAAGGACUACAAACAGAGUGUCGCCCUGGAGAGCGACGGCAGCGACGGCAGCAAAGUCUUCAUGAACUAUUUUGAUAAUCCUGGGGGUAAUAUUCCCACCUGGCUUGUUAACUGGGCAGCCAAGAGCGGGGUCCCGGCCUUCCUGACGGACAUGCAGAAAGCCUGUGGCCGCUACACCGCCUACUGCAGGAACAGGAAGUGAUGCAACCUGCCAUAAGCCCCUCCCUCUUCUCCACUGGGCUCGUUGGGUUCUUCUCUUCAUGUUUCUGAGACACGCCCAUAUGUUAAUGAUGGGUGGGCAAUAGGGGGCGCUACCACCCCCAUGCAUGCACACACCCUAGUCGGGCAGUUAACCUGGCCACAUGGUUGCCACAGUUACCAUAACUCUUCCGUUCGUUUUUUGAUCGUCACACUCUCAGAAUGGAAGAGGCGUCGAUGGGGACUUUCGGAGUUCCAGUUUCCAGGUCCGACUCCAGUGGGAGUGUUCACACAUGCACUUUAAGACCCGGAUUCAACACUACAUCCGUUUAACUCUGCUGGUCAGAUGGUGUUUCGUCUUCUGGACGCUUCCUUCCGGGACUCUCCACGGCGGUUUCCUUUGCCCUCCAGGAGCUACGGUUCCUCGUAGUGGUGAGGAGAAGGAGACUCCACAGGCUCUCCUGACGCUGGGCUGGUGUUGCGUCUAAAGCUCUGAGGGAGAGACGUGAUGUCUGCUCUGACCUUGGCACAUUGCUGUAGGGGGACGCUGGGCUGGACGCUGGAGACAGAGGGCCUCCCCCCCACACUCGGAAGACUCUGCACUGUCGCAUGGCACUCAUUUAUUUUGCACAUAUAGUGCAUGAAUGUAAGUGACUGGGAAAUGUCUGAGAACUGGGAAAAUGACACUCGUACCAGUUGAUGGACUUUGCACUGUGAACCAGCCAGAAUCUAACGUGGGCGUGAGCUCUUCCAGAACCGCUGUUCUGUUGGCUCUGCGUGUUUGUGUUCAUUUUGGUGAAUGCCUGCUUGCUGUAACUGGUGUUCUGCUCCCGCAACAGCAUGUGUCCUGCUGAGUCCCGCAGCCUCCCAUGCGGGAAGUUUUGUUUCGGACGAAUCUGGCCUUGGGUCUCGUACAAUCGGCCCCUUCUUCGUGACCCUCGUCGUUUGGAGCUGACCUGUAACGGCCAACGCAUGUGCAAUCCAGGAUCCGUCUCUUUGCCUUUUACUCCACCUCCCAUCCAUCUGAUAGUACUGAACGGCUGUUACUGUAGUGAUAGUUGGAGACGUACUGCCCCCUGCUGGCUGACACUCUGAAUGACAUGGCUGUCUUUACCUUCUGUGCUGUGUUUCUAUUGUUGAUGGGUUCAUUCUCUCUUUUUUUUCUCUUUUUCUCUUGUUUUUGUUCAGAUGACUCAAAUACCUAUACUGGCUGAGUAUGUUUGGCUCUUGCGCUGGUACAGUACCGUGUUUGGCUCUUGCGCUGGUACAGUACUAUAUCCAGUAUAUGUGCACUUUAUUUCAGAUCUGCUAGUCGUGGUUUACAGUUUUAAGCUUGAGCACACCCAUAGAUGUUUGUGCACAGUUUAAUUGAUUCUAGGAUAAAAGUGUCUUUAUUUGUUUUUUUAAAUAUCUGUAUGAAAUGCUGUGUGCAUGGAUAUUGUACAAUGGGGGAAAAUGCAUAGGAUACUGUACACUGGUAGGAAAAAUCCACCAUAGAAGGAUUUGUUUACUGUGUUUGGAUGACUAUAACUGAACACUGAUUUGUGUAGAAUGCAUCAGGACUGCAGUUUUGUUUGUGUGCGUGCGUGCGUGCGUGUGUGCGUGUGCGUGCGUGUGCGUGCGAGACGUUUGUACACAGACCCGUGAGAACUGUUUGAGUGCACACCAGAGGAGCGUCUGGUCUGGCACUGUCUCAGGGCAACCCUGCAGUCAUGUCUUGUCUGGGUUCUUGGCCUGUGCUGAGCAGGACGCCACGGUGCAUGCAAACGAGACGGGACCUUCCUCCUCCAGUAAAGUAGAUUUAAUCCCAGAAUCCUUUCCCACCUGCCUGGGCGGUUUCUGUCCUCUCUCUUACUACCUCUGUGUAGACCUGUACAUCAGCGUUCAACCUGUCUUAGUUUCUCUCUCAAACCCGCCACACGUGCAUGGGUUGUUGUGCGCUGUUUCACUACAAUAAAAUGCAGUGUGUU